AUGGAGCCAACACGAACGGGUGAAAAUGACGACGCAGGUCGCGAAGUGAUCACGUCAUCUGUCCGAAUAUCUGGAUAGUUUCAGUCGGUGAAAGAUCGUCGCACGACUCUCAUGCUCUUUGCGGUGCUCUUCUCCUACGUGACCACUCACUUUCCGAGUAUGAUUAUCGAAUACGGCGACAAAGUCUUAAAGAACUUCUUCCGAUUGAGGUGCGUUGAAAAGAAAGCUGUGAGGACCGGACCUGAAAAUAGGUUGUAAGCUAGAUAUAAAACAGGAAGAAAAACCUGUUUUUGCUUUUUUUCUCUAAUUUGUAAGCUCAAAAGCGUCUGAAAAUGAAAAACACGGAAUUUUCAACGGAACUUCCCGGAACUCUGCUUUCAGAUAGCCGACGUGCGAAGAGAGCUGUCGAACUUCUUCAUGUGCUGCCAUCCGAUCUUCUCGUUCGCCGACUACAUGAUCUUCUCGCUCAGUUAUCGCAAAACUGUCGUUUCGCUUUUCGCUCGUCACCAAUCGGUUUCCGUCUGA